GCUCACAUCUUCAUUGGACUAUGGCCAUCUCGAGAUUGCUAGGAGUUACUCGCCUUUGUCUGGCUGUGCGACAAUCUGUGUUUUCCUCAAGAGCUGCCUCUACAGUUCAAAUACCAACAACAAAACUGUUUAUUAACAAUGAAUUUCUGGAGUCAGAAACCGAAAAAUGGAUCAAUGUGCGAAAUCCUGCAACAAAUGAGGUCAUAUCAAAAGUACCAGAAAGUACAACCUCAGAAAUGGAAGCAGCGGUUGCUGCAGCUAAGGCAGCUUUUCCCGCUUGGUCCAGAUCAACAAUUUUAUUCAGGCAGCAGAUCAUGUUCAGACUACGUGAUCAACUGAUUAAAAAUAGGGCACGUCUUAGAGACAGUCUGGUUCUAGAAAUAGGAAAGACAAAGGAAGACGCAGACGAAGAGAUUGGCAGAUGCAUUCAAAUUUUAGAACACUGCUGUAGUAUCACAACAUUGCAGACGGGAGAGACAUUGCCAGAUAUUGCUCAAGAUAUGAACAUACUCACAUUCAGACUGCCACUAGGUGUCACUGCCGGGAUCACACCUUUCAAUUUCCCAGCCAUGGUUCCAAUUUCUAUUUUCAGCAUGUCUACGGUAUGCGGGAAUACAUGUGUCAUAAAACCAUCUUCCUGUGAUCCAGGGGCAGUAAUGAUAUUAAUGGAGCUCUGCUUAAAAGCUGGGUGUCCUCCCGGUGUUGUUAACGUUAUACAUGGGCGCAAAGAACCUGUGACAUUUGUGUGUGAUCACCCGGACGUUGUGGCACUUUCAUUCGUUGGAUCUGACGAAGCAGGGAGCUAUGUCUAUGAAAGGGGAGCUAAAAAUGGCAAACGUGUUCAAUGUAAUCUUGGCGCCAAAAAUCACGCCCUUGUGAUGCCGGACGCCAAUAAAGAAAGGACUUUGUCCAGUCUUAUUUCUGGUAGCUUCGGAGCUGCAGGCCAAAGAUGUAUGGCGCUGUCUACAGCUAUAUUUGUUGGCGACUCCAAACAAUGGAUUCCAGAGCUUGUCGAAAGAUCAAAGACACAGAAAGUCACUAGUGGCGCUGAACCUGGAGCAGACUUUGGUCCACUGAUUUCACCUGAAGCUAAGAAGCGAGUCUGUGAUCUCAUUCAGUCUGGUGUUGAUGCUGGAGCUAAGUUGCUGUUAGAUGGCCGCAACAUAAAAGUGAAAGGAUAUGAAAAUGGAAACUUCCUUGGUCCCACAAUCUUACACCGUGUUUAUCCUACAAUGGAAUGUUACACUACAGAGAUUUAUGGUCCAGUUUUAGCCACAAUGGAAGUGGAUACAUUAGAUGAUGCCAUCAACAUUGUCAGAACUAACCCUUAUGGGAAUACUACGGCCAUCUUCACAGCAAGCGGUGCCACAGCAAGGAAGUACUCGAUGAAGUGUGAUGUUGGAAUGGUUGGUAUCAAUGUAGCCAUUCCGUUCCCUAUCAACACAUUUUCAUUCACUGGAAGUAAGGGCUCUUUCAAAGGAGACCUUCGCUUGGCUGGAAAGGAGGCUAUUCAGUUUUUUACUCAAACAAGGACAGUGAUGGAAUUCUGGCGUGAAUAGAUGCUGUGUGACCUUGACUUGAUGCAAAUAUCUCAUAGACCAAGUCAGCAAUGAGAGUAAAAGAGAUCUGUCACCAUUCCCAUCGCACAAACCUGCGUUUGACAUGUAGUGGAUUUGUUUGUUUGUUUGUUUUUUUGUUUGUUUGUUGUUAUGAAAAACUUUUAAACAUUCUGCUGAGCUUUUGUUCUUUAUAUAUAUAUAUUCUGUUGUUUGUUCCAUUUUACUAACACCAGUAAUGUUAGUUCAAACAUGAUCUGACUGUUUUCCAUAACGACCUGUAUUAUUAUAUUAUUUUUUUGUUACUUAAAUAAAUGGCAUCUAUAUUUUCUUUCCUAUGAGAUUUUCACUUCUAGCAUGUGACACACAAUUUGAA